ACCCAGAGAUGGGUGAGAGUCUGCUCUAUAGAGCUCCAGAGGAUCCCCACCCACGCAAGUGGCCUAAUGUCGCGCAGCGGAUCACCCCCUGAGCAGCGCCAGCAGGCGUCAGAGGCGGAUGCCACGGCCACAACCUUCCGAGCGAGCGGUAACUGCAGGGCGGCUGGGACGCGCUGGGACGCGGAGCCGAGCCCUCCCUUUGCUUGGAAAGUUACCGUCCCUUCCCCGAGAACAUCAGCAUAUCCGCUACAACCCGCUACAAGAUGAAUGGGUUCUGGUGUCAGCUCACCGCAUGAAGCGGCCCUGGCAGGGGCAAGUAGAACCCCCGCUCCUGAUGACAGUUCCCCGCCAUGACCCCCACAACCCUCUGUGUCCCGGGGCCACACGCGCCAAUGGAGAGGUGAAUCCCUAUUAUGAUGGCACCUUCCUGUUUGACAACGACUUUCCAGCUCUGCAGCCUGAUGCCCCCAAUCCAGGACCCAGUGAUCAUCCUCUUUUCCAAGCGGAGGCUGCUCGAGGAGUUUGUAAGGUCAUGUGCUUCCAUCCCUGGUCAGAUGUAACGCUACCACUUAUGUCAGUCCCUGAGAUCCGCACUGUCGUCGAUGCGUGGGCCUCAGUGACAGAGGAGCUGGGUGCCCGGUACCCUUGGGUGCAGAUCUUUGAAAACAAAGGAGCCAUGAUGGGCUGUUCCAACCCCCAUCCCCACUGCCAGGUGUGGGCCAGUAGUUUUCUGCCAGAUAUUGCCCAGCGUGAGGAGCGAUCUCAGCGGGCCUAUCAGAGUCAACAUGGAGAGCCCCUGCUAAUGGAAUAUGGCCGCCAGGAGCUGCUCAGAAAGGAACGACUGGUCUUAACCAGUGAGCACUGGUUAGUACUAGUCCCUUUUUGGGCAGUAUGGCCCUUCCAGACACUGCUGCUGCCCCGUAGGCAUGUGCGCCGCCUGCCUGAGCUGACCCCUGCUGAGCGUGAUGAUCUAGCCUCCAUCAUGAAGAAGCUCUUGACCAAGUAUGACAACCUAUUUGAGACAUCCUUUCCCUACUCCAUGGGUUGGCACGGGGCUCCCACAGGAUCAGAGGCUGAAGCCAACUGGGAUCAUUGGCAGCUUCAUGCUCAUUACUACCCUCCACUCUUGCGCUCUGCCACCGUCCGGAAAUUCAUGGUUGGCUAUGAAAUGCUUGCCCAGGCUCAGAGGGACCUCACCCCCGAGCAGGCUGCAGAGAGACUAAGGAUGCUUCCUGAGGUUCAUUACUGCCUGGGGCAGCAGAAGGAUAGGGAGACAGCAACCAUCGCCUGACCACGCUGACCACAGGGCCUUCUGCUUGAGGGAACCAGGGCCGAGGGUUGGGAAGAUGUGGGAUCAAUAAAACUAAACUGUGUUUCUCAAACUUAUUCUAAUGACAGAGGAGUAUGAACUAUAAUCCUUGGGGAUCUGGGUUAAAGGCUGAUGGCAUAGCACCAGCCACAACUCUUCUUUGCCUACAAAUAUACAAAACUUAGAGUACAAAAAUUCCACCCCAAAUCUCUGAAUAAAAUGAAUACUCAAUUUAA